CGCAAAAAGCUAAAAUGGCGGAGCUUGGCAAAAACGAGAGACGCGUCUUCUCUGUUUGUCCGGCGGUAAUUUGAGUGAAAUACGAAUGGUUUGUGUGCGAAACCGGGCCGGAAGUGCGUUCUUGACCGAGCUAGAUUCGAGUUCCGUUCGAGCUGGGCGCUGGAAGUGUCGCGCGAGAAACAAACGGGCAGCGAAGAUUUCCGUGGCGAACAAGACUUGCACCAUCGUCAGUCCGAGCGAGUUGGUGUUAGUGGAGCGAAGAAGAGCACGCACAAGUCGUGUGGGAAGGAAGAAGAUCGGUUGUGCAUCGCGGCGCUGCCGUGAGAGUUGCUGGUGGAUGGACAUCUCUUAUGCGGACGGGAACAAAAAGUGAAACAGCAGGAAAUAAUAUUGGCCACCACCACAACACCAAUAAGGAAAUCGGUUACCAUGCAGUUCCGCUGGUCGCGACAAGUUUGAAACGCCUGCCGAGCGAACAGUGUUGUGGGUCAAGUUGAAUGGUCCGGGGGGUUGUGGCGCGCGGACGUAGCCUUUUUCCGGUUUUCUCCGGGCUGGGAUCACCAAAACGGCUAAUAUCGCGUUACGCUUGGUGGGUCAACUUCGUGUUAAGAGUUGAAUCGGGUUCGAUUCGCGUUGUUGGACAGUGGUUGACCAACAGGAGGCCGCAGCGCGAAGGAGGUGUAUUGUGGAAGUCGGGUAUAACAACGAGAAGAAAGUAAGGCAACUUUGAAAACAUGUAAAACGAGAUGGUCCGCGUGAGUGAGAGUGCGAAUUAAUGCUAAUUACGGCAUAAGUGGCUAAUACUGGGGGUGGUGAUCCUGGAAGAAAGAUGUGGUCCCGGUUCCCGAACGCUGUUUGUUAUAUUUAAUUGAAGGAAAAGCCGCAAAUAAACGUCAUAAUAGAGAAGAAACAAAACAAGCUUUUGUGAAGAAACAUCAAAAGUGCUCUAUAAAAGAGCCUCUAUCGUUUACCAGGUGCUUCUUCGGUGUCCUCCAAGAAGAAGAAGUGAGCGCGGAUGACCGAUUCGGGUUUAGUGUAGGUGUCCAUUGCCGCUGGUUAUGUGCAGGGCUGUUACAGCUGGAUAAGAAAAAUUCGAUUUGUUGCCUCGAUUUUGACCAACGGAAAUUUUGUAUAACUAGAGUAUGUUUUAAAAUCGCACAUUGAGUAGCCCAUUGGGAAAAAAAGUGUAUUAAAGGCAAACACUGCGAAAUUUGGGAUCGCGCGCGUUCACCGACCAGCCAACAUCAUCAGCGGCGACAGCGCGAGUGAGUGAGGAAGUGAAUAGUGAAGUAACCCAGUCCAGAGGACAACACAUAGCAUAACAGCGCAGGAAGAAAGAGAAACUGACGCUGAAUUGCUGCUGCUGCUUCUGUUGCUAAAAAAAAAGUUGAAAGCAAAAGGAGGGUGGCAAAAGCUGGUUCGAACGUUCUUGCGGUUGUCUUCCCUCCGGGUGAUAGCAGUGGAGCGGGGUCGUGUUUGAGAGAAAAACGUUAAAAACAACCCCGUGGCCACUAUGACAACAAACAUGUAUCGAGUCGGAGACUAUGUCUACGUGGAGACAUCGUCGACGACUCCGUUCCAGAUCCGCCGGAUCGAGGAGCUCAACAAAACGCCCAACGGCAACGUGGAGGCGAAAGUUAUGUGCUUCUACCGACGGCGAGAUCUGCCAACACCACUCGUGCAAUUAGCUGAUAAGCAUCAAAUGGCCACAUCGGAGGAAUCCCCCGUAGCAAUGAAGCUGAAAAAGAUGUGGCUGAAAACACCGGUCGGCGAGGAACAAGCCGCCCAAGUAGUACUAGACCCUGCCCUAGUUGCCCUCGAAGAGGAGCGAAAUAGUCCUAAUAGCACUGGAAGCGGGAACGAUCGAGGCGAACAGCUGAAUCCAAAGCAACGGCACCAGAUGAAGCACCGCGAAUUGUUCCUGUCCCGCCAAGUGGAAACCCUACCUGCCACCCAGAUCCGAGGCAAAUGCUCGGUGACGUUGCUCAACGAGGAAGAAUCGCUGCUCAGCUAUCUGAACAAAGACGAUACCUUCUUUUACUGCCUAGUAUUUGAUCCAACGCAGAAAACGUUGCUGGCGGACAAGGGCGAAAUUCGAGUGGGGAGUCGGUACCAGACGGAGGUGCAGGCCAUGCUUAAAGAUGGCGAAAAGUACGAGCGAAAUCUCGAAGACAUGGAAUCGCUGGUGUGGACGCCGCGGCAUUCUCUCAGCGAUAAAAAGAUCGAUCAGUUUCUGGUGGUGUCUAGGUCCGUUGGCACGUUUGCGCGGGCGCUAGAUUGCACUAGCUCAGUUAAGCAACCGUCCCUGCACAUGUCGGCUGCGGCCGCUAGUCGUGAUAUUACCUUGUUCCAUGCAAUGGAUACCCUGCACAAACAUAGCUACUCGAUAGAAGCCGCCAUGUGUUCGUUAGUGCCCUCUAGUGGGCCGGUGCUAUGUCGAGACGAGAUGGAGGAGUGGAGUGCUUCCGAGGCGAAUCUCUUCGAGGAUGCCCUAGAAAAGUACGGCAAAGACUUCAACGACAUUCGAAACGACUUUCUUCCAUGGAAAACGCUCAAAAGCAUAGUGGAGUACUAUUACAUGUGGAAAACGACGGACCGGUACGUGCAGCAGAAGCGGGUAAAAGCCGUCGAAGCCGAAUCGAAGCUGAAACAGGUCUACAUUCCGAACUACACCAAGCCCAGUCCGGCGCUGAUCACGAACAACAAUAAGAAUAUUUUGAACGGCAACUCGAAUGGGAGUAGCGGCGUGGAGGUGCUCACGAUUAGUAGUGGAAAGCCGUGCGAGUCCUGCUCGACGCUCGCGUCGCAACAGUGGUAUUCGUGGGGUCCAUCGCACAUGAGCUGUCGCCUGUGUCAGAUUUGUUGGAACUAUUGGAAGCGUUACGGAGGCCUUAAAGUAGCAUCCCGGUUAGCGGAUAGUGGUGAUAUAGUGGACGCGUCAACAACUGGCGGAGGACCUGCCACCGGAGCGACACUCAGUGGCGGUGGAACUGCCGUGUCACUGAAAAAGCAACGAGUAAGUGGGGAGUUGGCAACGGGCCCUGGUAGCGCUGGAAGUGAUAUCGACGAUGAUCUGACCAUUGUGGCUAGUAGUGGACCGAUCGGGAGUUUAGAAAGUAGCGGGCUUAGUAACCAUAGGCCGCAUAGUCCAUCGUUCAAAUGCUCCAUCGUCAAUUGUGGUAAGGAAUUCAAACUAAAGGCACAACUGGCUCGACACUACGCUCAGGCACACGGAAUUCAGAUUCGAUCGGGUUCCCCCAGGCCUAUCAUGAAAACUCGGACAGCAUUCUAUCUAUUCACCAAUUUGACGACACGGUUAUCGAGGCGACUAUGUAGACAAAUCGUCCGAUCGAAAAAAGCCGCCCGUCAACCAUCGUACUCGAUCAACACCACUGCCGUGAAACAGGAAUUCACCAUCGCUGAGUCUGGAAAAAGUAUAGCGGACAUCCGGAGGUUGCUCACCUAUAAGAAGCGAGAUCGAGGAAGUGUGACGCAUAUAGCAAACCGUCUCGGUAAUCCUGGGCCUACGGUUGGCGACUGGCUCAUACUAACCCCCAAGGACAAAAUGCCAAAACCGGAGGUGGUUGCUUUUCCAAAACCACCGAAGGCUCCCGAUGGAAGUUUAAUCUACGAUCGGAUACCAAAUAAAGUUGAGGCUGAACCGAAACCAUUAAAUGCGGCGGCAGCGACUGCUGCGGCCGUGGCCAGUUCCCUGCCCGGUGUAACGGUUAAUGCAAUUGGGGGACCUGGCUUAGGUGGAAGUGGAGGUGGAGUGGGAUCGAAUGCCGUACCUCCAGCAAUACCGAGCCUGGGGAGCACGGCUGGCGUGACAGCAGGACGCACAACUCCAAAUGCGGCUACUACUGGCCCUGGCCUGGUUGCAAGCAGCCCCAUCACCCCCACCCAACCUGCAUCACUGAAGCGGCGGAAUUAUGAAGACGCCAAUGGAAUCGAUGGUCCUGUAGCGCCUCCAACGAAACGACCGAACAAGGAUCCGAUGCCGUCUCAUCGACCCACGCCUGAGCAGUAUGCAGCCAUGUUGGCCGCAGCAAAGGCAGCAGGGCAACCUCUACCGCGACAUCAUAUGAAUGGUAAACCAAAAAUAGCACAACUGGCCCGGACUGGAUCCGGGCGAAAGCAAGUUAUCAGUUGGAUGGAUGCUCCUGACGACGUGUACUAUCGAUCAACCGAAGCUAGCAGAAAAACCCGCCGUAAAAUACCGAUCGUCGAACUGCGACGUUCGGCGCGAAAGCCCUGGCGUCAUCUGGUGCCUAAGUAUGCGGCGAUCAUUGCCACCCUGUUGCCGCCGGUUGCACCAGUGACAGCGGCAGCUGCGGCCGUCGCGGCUGCAGCCGCUGGCAUUCCUCAGCUACCCGCAACGCUUCCACCUCAACUGACUGCGCAAUUGACCGCCACGGGCCAACUUCCGCAUUCAGCGGCCGUUGCGGCGGCCAACCUUAAUCUCAACUCAACGAACAUGGCCUCCCUGGCCAGUGUUCACCCGCUAGCGGCCCAGCUGGUUUCGGGCAGCAACAACACCGGCAGCACAAACAACAAUAGCAGUAGUAGCAAUAAUAAAGCAAAUAGUGAUCUACAGGUUGUAAUCCUAGACUGACCCGAACCUCGGAAAUAUCCGCAACAGAAUCAACAAAUACAUCCGGCGGUGGUGUCGCAUCUACCGCCACUACUUCAACAGCAGCAGCCACAGCAACAUCCGCAACCGCCACAUCCAUACACGAUGGAAGCACUGCUCAAUUAAAUCGUAAAAACACUGAAACAAAAACACACAUACAUUAAAACAGUUAGCUUGCUCUAAUGAAAGAAAGGAAUCGUUUUCGUUUUUUCUUUUCGAUUUUAUCUUAAUUUUAGGACGCGAGGCUGUUGAGCAAACAAGUCUCAAAAAACUAUUUAACAUAAUAUUGAACUGUAAACUAUUGAAGCUCUGUGAGACAACAAAAACCGUAGUAGAAAAAAGGAUGGGAAAACUAAAAAAUGGUGACAAUGCUAGAGCAUUGUGUAAGAAAGAGUGAAAAAAGAGGAUAGAAAACUAUAACAGUAAGAAAGUGUGCAUGUUUUGUGUUGCAUGCGUUGAAAUAAAUAUUAAUAAAAAAAACAUGUGAAAAAUAGUAUGAAAACGCCUGCUCCACUUCGUGAGCAGAACUGUGGAAUGUGAGUUUGAAUAUAUUUUUUGUAAAAAUUAAUUGAACAAAUAUCGCUCCCUCUUAAUUAAGAGUAACUUCUUAAAAUAAAUUGUAAAACGAAAAAAAAUAAACUCAAACAAAAAAUAUUAAAUAAAAGUGUGUGACGAGAAAACACAGCAGAAACUGAUAAUAAAAGCUAAAUUCAAUUUACUAAAAAAAAAUUAGAAGAAAUACAAACACUGAAGCGAAAAUGAAACAAACCAGACAGAACAAAGGCAAGAACGAGAAAGAAAAGCAACACAACUGCUGUGAGAAAGAAGGAAUAUCAUUGAUUUUUUCACCUCUCUUGGAAAUAAAAAAAAACAAAUGAAUCCUCUCUUCAAAAUAUACAAGCAACUAUUGAAAAACAAA